GUCUGGACACCUCACCACAAACAGCUCACCAUCCAUCCACCCACAACGAACGACGAGAGGCGAUCCAUCCAUAUUCUGGGUCUUCUGUAUUCGAACCCACAGAAUAUCUCCCUCAGCAUUCUACAUCAGAAUGGCUCCUUUGAUUCCUUCGGCGAAAUCGACGCUCUCGUAUCCUCUCUACGCAUGCGAUUUUGAUCCUCUGGACAGUACGCGCCUGGUGGUUGGUGGUGGUGGAGGCGCGGGAAGAAGUGGUGUUGGAAACAAGAUUGUGAGUGGGAAUGCGACUGCGAAUGCGACACUUGCGCCCAUAUCUGCUAACAGAAUCGUGGGCAGACACUUCUAGAUACCACAAACCCGGGCGCAAUCGACGAGAGCGGCGAAAUCGAGCUGAGCAAACAAGAAGACAACGUCACUUCGUUAGCGAUUGGUCAACGUCAGGGCAGGGGCACGACGGUUCUAGCUGGUAUAAAUUCGAGCCCGAAGGAGGUGGCAGAAGGGACAAAUCUACAUUUCCGCGUCUUUACCAUUGAACCUACGGCGAAGGGGAAAGGCAAGACGAGAGGGAAGGGAAGAGAUACGGAGAAACCAGAAAGAUCUCUCCCGAACAAAAUCACCGAGAAAUCAAGAUCGUCUCUAUUCAAGGUGGUAGACCCCGAUUGCUACCAGAGACUUUUAAGAUUGUCAAAACCACAGCCAGGCCAGCCACAAUUGGGCGCUGUCGCAACUGGUUUGACCAAAGAUACGGAAAUCGUCCUCUUUGACACCUCAACAACGAAUCCACCAAAAUCGAGAGGAGGCAUUCGCGGAGGAAGAGAGGCAGCAGACAUCGAUUUCAUACAAACCGGGGGCAAUGAGUAUUUACUGGCAUACUGCGACAUACACGACGUUUUUGUGAAGAAGAUAUCUGCAGACACAGACGAUGAAGAACCAAAAUCUGUAUAUGAGACACCCGCUUCCAGAUCUAUCGAGAAGGUUACGGUACCUCAGUUCCGAUCAUUGAGAUGGUUAACAAAGGAAUUCAUUCUUAUGCUCACCAACAUCGCCAGCAAUGGGGGGGCGGUUCUCCAAAUUCUGCGCCUCUCUCCGAGUGGAAAAGGCCAGUGUCGCAUAGCACGCUCUCUCCGCUUACCCAGUAGGAUAUCCAAGGCAUCGGGUUUAGCAGUUGCAAAUUUGACGCCUCCUCUAUCACCUUCCGAUCCUCAAGACUACGCACAAUUUAUAAUCGCGGUAGCUGCUCAGGACAACUCGAUAUCUCUUUUCAAGACCGAUUUGUCGGUAGAGAUGGGAGUCUCCAUGAUCUCACAAAUGAAGUCUUUCCGAACUUUUAAGGAUGAUCACCCACAUCAAAUUACAGGGCUUACAUUUUCCAACUUUGUACCGCCAGAGCAUCCAAUCACGGCAAAAACACCACCUCAACAUCUUAAACUUGCGAGCGUCGGUGUCAGCGGAACUGUAGUUGUCCAUACUCUCCCGCUCUUCCCAGUGCCUCUUUCCAUGAAGCGAGGCCAAUCCAAAACACCUCGCUAUGUUGUAGCUCUUCCUUCGAGUGCGGCAGCAAUGGGAAUCAGCCUUAUUUUAGUUACGCUUGGGAUUCUUUUGGGUGCAGUGUUUGUCCAAGGAGUUCUGGAGAUUCGUGGAGGCAUCAGCAACUCUAUCAACGCACGAGAUUAUGUUCCCCUCCGGCUUCCGGAAAUAAUUGGAAGACCUUUUGCAUUUCCAGAGAGAUAUAACGCAGUCCCAAGCUCUACUAUAUCCCCAAACCCCGGGAAGAUCGCCCACAAGCCGGACAUGCCUACGGAGCCAUCCGAUUCUCCUCUUCCAGGGAGCAACACGCUUUUACUGGAGCUUCUUUCAAGUCUCAAAAGUGAAGCUGACCCGACUGGUUCGCCCAAGUAUUUCAUUCAAGACCACCCGGCGAGCCCGGAGGGCUUCAAAGCCCAUAUCCACGAUGAAGAAUUGCACAGUGGUAGUUCGUGGGAGGACAUGACGCUCGAACAAAAAGAAAAGUGGUUGGCGAAGCUUAAAGAAGCCGGUUACUGGGCCGAGGAUAUGGGAGAAACGAUCCUGAAGGGAGUCGUAUUUGGCACUCUUGGUGGCAUGGUCGGCCAGGCCGUUGGCGGGUAG